AUGGCCCCUCGGUAUAUCAACAAGCUCCAGGAUCAGCGUAUCCUCAUCAUCGGAGCCUCGACAGGAAUCGGUUUCGCCGUCGCCGAAGCAGCCAUCGAGCACGGCGCACACGUCAUCCUCAGCAGCUCGAAGCAGGAGAAAAUCAACAACGCCAUCCAAAAGCUCGAGGCCCACAUCAAGGAAAACGAGCUUCCGCCACGCACCAUCUCCGGAGCUGAGUGCGACUUGGCCAACCCUUCAACACUCGAGGACAACAUCAAGAACCUCCUGGAAUUUGCCACCAAAGAUGGCAAGAUUGAUCAUGUUGUCUUCACCGCAGCGGACGUCUACCAGAUGCCUACCAUCGAGAAUGUCACGGUUGAGAGUUUAUCCAAGGCCGGAGUGGUCCGCGUCACCGGGGGCGUUAUCCUCGCAAAGCAUCUGCCCAAGUACAUCAACCAGAUUGACAACAGCUCGCUCACAUUAACGGGCAGCACGACCUAUAUUCGGCCCAAGGCCGGAUGGUCCGUCAUUAAUGCUGCGAACAGCAGUAUAGAGCCGUUUGCCCGGGCUCUGGCGGUAGACUUGCAGCCUAUCCGUGUCAACUGUGUUCUCCCGGGUUUCAUCAAGACGGAGCUCUUUGACGGCUUCCCAGAGGAGGCGCGGCCAUUCAUGUUUGAGGCGAUGAAGAAGGAGGCUCUUCUCGACAGAGUGGGCACUGCGGCUGAGACUGCGGAGGCAUACCUGUAUUUCAUGAAGGCUGCUUUCACUACAGGAACAACCGCCAUUGUUGACGGUGGCAGACUCGUCGCCAAUAACCAGGAGGGUAGAAAGGCCUAG